AUGUCAGUGAGCCCCGCACCAAGAUGGGACUGCAGCGUCGGCCAGACACCAGUGGGGGCAGUAGGAGAGGACGCAGAUGCCCAGGCCGGACCCGGCCGAAGGCCAGGCAAACAGCUGCAUGAGCGUCCUGCGAAGGUGUUCCAGAACCAGGACGCUUGCGGGGAGAGCGGUUCAGGAGCCCCAUCUCCCCCGCUCAGUACCCCCAACGCUCCCCCACCCCCCAGCCAGAGCGGAUGCCUACUGCCCACAGCCAAGCUGAAGGCCCGGCCCUGGAAGGCUGAAGACCCGCCACUGCCCCUCACCCCACCAAGCAGCAGUAGCCGCAAGCCACGCAGACCGGUACGCGGAGCUGGGGGUCUGGAGGCCCCAGGCGCCCGCAGGCUGGCCCUGGGCCGGUGGAGAGGUCCCAGCCCCCGCGGCCCGCGCGCGGACGACCGGCGGAGGAGGGGCCCCUCUUUCCGGGAGUGCCUGGCGGAUGUGAGCCUCCUGGGAAAGCGCCGGCCAGAAAUAGUUCCUGCGGCCUGGGACACGGCUGCCCCACCCCGGCCCCCGGGCCGUGGGAGACCCGCGCCGCAAGGCCAGAAGCUCCGCACUCCGCGCCAGCCAGGCCCGCGGAGGCGGCGGCGCGUCACCGCGGUGAAGCCGCCAACCCCCUCCGGGCGAGCCGACCGCGCGCCCACCUGCACCCGGGCGGAGGGACGGGCACGGGCGUCCAGAGACAAUGACCAAGGCGCUCAGCUGGGGCCGAAGGGGCCUCCAGGCCUGUGCGAAGACCCAGGAGGCGCCUCGCCCCGCCCCGGGUGCCCCUCCGCCCACCGGCUCCCCCGCGUCCGGCUCCCUCCGGCAAGGGGGAGCUGCUGCCCGGUCGGCGGACGGGGCCUCCCGGCGCUCCCGGCCCUCCCUCCGGGCGCCUGCAGCCGGGCCUCGCGGUCCGGGCCACACAGGGUCCCGGGACAUCCGGCCCCUCCCUGCCUGGCCAGGCGGCAGACUCACCGGCCACGCGUCCGAGUCCGGCCCGGCGGCGGCCGCGGCGGGGAUGGGGGGACUCGGGGGGCGGCGGCAGGGAGCGCUGAGACUGCACUGCCCUCUGGGGGCUUGCGAGUGCGACGCGCCCCGCCCACGAGCCGCGGGCCCCGCCCACGAGCCGCGAGCCCCGCCCACGAGCCGCGGGCCCCGCCCACAGCGGCUGGCGCUGGGCAGGUCCCAACAGUGCGCGGCGCGGGAGGGCGGCGUGGUUGCGGCGACUUCAGACCGAGCGGGCUCUGGGGGGCCGCCUGGGACUGCGGCGGCGGGCGGACAGAGGAGCUGGGCUGGGGGCGGUGGAGGCGGCGAUGGAGGCGGCGGCGGUCAGCCCAGCGGAGGCUCUGGACUGUGUCCAAGACUCCGGCUCUCCUCUAG